CGUCUCUAUCUUACCCUGACACUCUCCUAAGCGUUUUGAGUCUCCUAAGUUUCUCGGCUUCUUAUUUCUUCGACUCUCAAUGGUCUAAUUGAAUCACCUCGUCUUCCGUUAUCUUCAAAUCUCUUUGACUCUCCUAGCUGGGUGGAUUUGGAGACUUCUGUGAAAAUGACCUCUAUUACGUCCCUCGAAUUGAAUUACCUCGUCUUCCGUUACCUUCAAGAGUCGGGUUUUACGCAUUCAGCAUUCACUUUAGGUUAUGAGGCAGGAAUUAAUACAUCUAGUAUCGAUGGGAACUUGAUUCCGCCUGGGGCGCUUAUUAGAUUUGUUCAGAAAGGACUUCAGUACCUGGAGAUGGAAGCCAACUUAAGUAAUAGUGAUGUUGAAACAGAUGAAGAUUUCUCAUUCUUGCAUCCUUUGGAUAUAAUAACCAAGGAUGUAAACCAAUUACAGCAACUGGUAAAGGAGAGAAGGAAGAAUAGAGACAAAGAUAGAGAUAGGGAGGUUGAGCGGGAGUAUGAAGGAGAGCGUGGACAAGUAAUAGAGAAAGAGAGACAAGAAAAGGAGAAGGAACAUGACAAGGAUAGGAAGAAAGAACUUGCUGAUACGGAUAUGGUUACGAAUCAAGAAGAAAAUGACAGCUCUCAAGCAUAAAGAAAAUUGCUACUUUUGUAAGUUAGUGUUAUGCUUUGCUUCUUCCUAGUUCAGGCAUCAGUUCAUUUCUAAAUUAGCCAGGAGAUUUCAUCAAUUGGAUAUUUGACAAUUCACAUGAAAUUAUUUAGUCUUUCAUAUUCAUUUAUAUUUAUAUUUAUAUUGCAUCGUUAUAUUUUGUGCUACUACAUGAAACUGUAGCUUCUCAGGAGGCUUGUAAGAUUCCUAGUUCUGAUGUUACACUUUUGA